CCCUGGAUAACUGCAUUGUCAAACUACUGUCAGCCUCCAGCUUCAAAAGUUCACUGAGCUGCACCAGGCAUGUGGUCCUGAGGCAGGACACGAAGACCCCAUCGGAAGCCACUUCCCAGGGCCAUGGCCCAGGUCAGCAUCAACAGUGACUACGGAGAAUGGGGUUCCUGCUUAGAUGCGGGCGAGCGGGCCCACCUGCUGCAGAGUCCCUGUGUGGACACGGCCCCCAAGAGCGAUGGGGAGAGCUCCCCCGGGAGUGUAACCAGAGGCACCACUUCCACCCUGGGCGCUAUCUUCAUCGUGGUCAAUGCCUGCCUGGGCGCAGGGCUGCUCAACUUCCCUGCUGCCUUCAGCACAGCCGGGGGCGUAGCAGCUGGUGUCACUCUGCAAAUGGGAAUGCUUGUCUUCAUCAUCAGCGGCCUCGUCAUCCUGGGCUACUGCUCCCAAGCCAGCAAUGAGCGCACCUACCAGGAGGUGGUCUGGGCUGCAUGUGGGAAGCUGAUGGGUGUGCUGUGUGAGGUGGCCAUCGCUGUCUACACCUUUGGCACCUGCAUCGCCUUCCUCAUCAUCAUCGGGGACCAACAGGACAAGAUUAUAGCCGUGAUGACUAAGGCGCCUGAGGGGGCUGGCAGUGGCCCCUGGUACACAGACCGCAAGUUCACCAUCAGCCUCACCGCCUUCCUCUUCAUCCUGCCCCUCUCCAUCCCCAGAGAGAUCGGCUUCCAGAAAUAUGCCAGUUUCCUGAGUGUCGUGGGCACCUGGUAUGUCACUGCUAUCGUCAUUAUCAAGUACAUCUGGCCUGAUAAUGAGGUGAUCCCUGGAGCCGUCCUGACCAGGCCGACCUCCUGGGUAGCCAUGUUCAACGCCAUGCCCACCAUCUGCUUCGGAUUCCAGUGCCACGUCAGCAGCGUGCCAGUCUUCAAUAGCAUGCAGCAGCCUAAUGUGAAAACCUGGGGCUGGGUGGUGACAGCUGCCAUGGUCAUCGCCCUUGCUGUCUACCUGGGUACAGGCAUCUGUGGCUUCCUGACCUUUGGAGCAGCCGUGAACCCCGACGUGCUCCUGUCCUACCCCUCGGAGGAUGUGGCAGUGGCUGUAGCCCGUGCGUUCAUCAUCCUGAGCGUGCUUACCUCCUACCCCAUCCUGCACUUCUGCGGCCGGGCGGUGGUGGAAGGCCUGUGGCUGCGCUACCAGGGAACCCCCGUGGAGGAGGACGUGGGCCGGGAGCGGCGGCGGCGCCUGCUGCAGACCUUCACCUGGUUCCUGCUCACCCUGCUGCUGGCACUCUUCAUUCCUGACAUCGGCCGGGUCAUUUCUGUGGUCGGGGGCCUGGCCGCCUGCUUCAUCUUCGUCUUCCCAGGGUUGUGCCUUAUUCAAGCCAAGCUCUCUGAAAUGGAGGAAGUCAAGCCGGCCAGCUGGUGGGCACUGGUUGCUUACGGAGUCCUCUUGGUCACCCUGGGAGCCUUCAUCUUUGGCCAGACCACAGCCAACGCCAUCUUUAUGGACCUGGUGGCCUAGCUGCUACUUCCAGCCAGCAUGUGGCCGUUGCCUUCGGACCCGACAUCUGGAGCAUGGGCCACUCUGAGUCCCACAUCACUCUCUCUGUUGGUGGGAUGGCAUCUGGGCACCCACUUCUAGGAGCUCUGUGGUACAUUCAGCCUCCACACCUCAAACCCGACACCCUGGCAGUGCCAUGGAUGGUGAGAGAUCUCUUGGCACAAAGUAACCACACUCUCCCUACAUUUCCAUGCCUGGGAGCCUAAAGUGAAGAGGGGCAGGUUGUCUCAGGAGCAAGAACUCUUCAUGAAAUGGUUGGAGCAAUAGGACCAUGGGGAGCGCACUUGACCUGUGUGUAACCAAUCCAGGUUUGAUCCUCAGCAUCCCAAAUGGUCCCCUGAAUACUGCCAGGAGUAACUCCUGAAUGCACAGCAGAAAGUAAGCCCUGAAUAUCACCUGGUGUAGCCCCCAAUCUCUCCAAAAAAAAACUGUGGAGGAAUUUGGGGGCUGUCACCUUCACAGGGCACCCUCCAGAUCAUCUUAGAACCCCAAGACCCAAGGCUUCUUCAC